AAUCCUUAAUUAUCAAUAAAAUAAAAUAAAAUAAUGACUCUGUUAAUAGUUGAAGUGCUUGGUGGCUCCUUUUUUUAAUUGAUUUUUGUCUCGGCAUUGAAAACUGUGAUUCUGAUUCUCUCUCCGACGCUGCAAUCCGUGUCUCCUUCACCGCAAUUCCUAUUCUGAUCGCACUCCCAGAUUUUAGUGGGGCAAGGGCUGUGGGUGAUGAUGAAUUUGCAACAAAUUGGGCAGCCUAAAUCAUCUAAUGGAUACGGUCGUUGGAAAUCGGAGAAAGAAGGGGCAACUAAGUCUGAUAAUAAGAUCCCCUCUGGAAAAUCAAAUGCCAGCAGCAGAUUACCAAGUACAGGUUUUGUGACUGACAACAAAGUUGGUAGUUAUGGGACUCCUUCACAUGAUCGACUAGUAUAUUUAACAACAUGCCUUAUUGGGCAGCAUGUGGAAGUCCAGGUGAAAAAUGGAUCUAUAUACUCUGGAAUAUUUCAUGCAACAAAUACUGACAAAGAUUUUGGAAUCAUUUUGAAAAUGGCUCGCUUGACAAAGGAGGGCACUUUGCAAGGACAGAGAUCUGGUGUAGAAUUUGUCAGCAAAGCACCUUCUAAGACAUUAAUUAUACCUGCCAAUGACCUUGUACAAGUUAUUGUGAAGGAUUUGGCUGUUUCCAGAGAUGGUCUACCUAGUGAAUCUCACUAUGAUAUGCAGCACGAGAUCAUGGUUGAUUCAGUAAUAUCUCAAUCUCGUCAUGUUGAGAUAGGUAGAGAGUUACAGCGAUGGGUGCCCGAUGAAGAUGAUCCACAAUGCCCUGAACUGGAAAAUAUCUUUGAUGGCCCUUGGAAUAGGGGAUGGGAUCAGUUUGAAACAAAUGAGACAUUGUUUGGUGUAAAAAGCACAUUCAAUGAGGAAAUCUAUACAACAAAGCUUGAAAAAGGGCCUAAGACAAGAGAGCUGGAAAAGCAAGCUUUAAAAAUAGCUAGAGAAAUUGAGGGUGAAGAAACCGAAGAUCUACAUCUGGCUGAGGAAAGAGGCCUUUAUCAUAACUUUGAUAUUGAUGAAGAAACCAGAUUUUCUUCAGUCUAUAGGGGUAAAGGUGUUGAUGAUAUUGGUUAUGAUGAAAAUGAGGACAAGCUGUUGGAUUCGCACAAUUCUGAAACAUUUGGUAGUAUUUAUGAUUUAGCCAUUACGAGACCAGGUGAAGCAAUUGGUCAAAAAGGCAAUAACGGAACACAAACAUGGUCAAAUUUAUCUUCUGCGGAUUACUCUCAGUCAGGUACUGGUGUGGAAUUAUGUCGCUCUGGUUCUAAUGAUCAUGCCAAGCAGAUAGCAUAUGAACUCCCUGCCCAGAGUUGCUCAUUUUCAGAAAGCAGGAUUCAGGAGAACUCAGUUAAUGAUCUACAUGGAGCAAUUGAUAAUACAGUGGAAGAAGAUUGGAUACAAACUGGGGAUGUCCAGCUGUCAAAAUCUGAGGAUUUACAGUCAUCACUUAAGUUGAAGAAAGAUGGCUCUGAUGAAGGUGGGUUAGCUCAUAAUGAGGCUUCCCGUGCCCCUUCUACUCAUAUUUUGUCAAAGACUCCUGAAGAAACUGGGUCAGUUGGGGAAAAAAAGGCUGUAAUAUCACGUGGAAGACUAGGUAGUUGUACAUCGGGUUCUGAUUGUGUGGCAGCAUCCUCUGGUCGUGGUCUAUCACCAAGUUCUUCAGUUGGUUCACUUUCUUCUGAAAAAUCGACUCUGAAUCCCAAUGCCAAGGAGUUUAAGCUCAACCCUAAUGCAAAGAGUUUUGUUCCGUCUCAAACACAUGCUAGGCCUCGCUCCCCUGUGUCUGAUGGUUCCUUCUAUUUCCCAGCUACUGUAUCCACCGUACCAAAUGUGCCGACCAUGCCCAUGGGUAUUGGAGUUGGAACUACUUUUGCAGGGCCACAGCAACCUGUCAUAUACAAUCCACAGGUGGCACAAAUGUCAUCCCAACCAUAUUUUCAUCCAAAUGGACCACAGUAUGGACAACUUCUUGGUCAUCCUAGGCAAGUUUUAUACAUGCCAAGUUACCUACCUGAGAUGCCAUAUAAGGGACGGGAUUAUUGACCACUUAGCUGAAUGCUUUCAUGGCAACUUGGCUCUUUGCCUGAAAAGAUGAACUAUCGAGUGGAGAGCUAAAAGAGUUUCAAAUGACAAAAAUAUAUGCAGCCAGCUUAUGGGAAGAUUUAUUUAAAAAUUCGAUGAUUUGCAGGCAAGCUGGCUUAUUAUGUAUGAGAUAUAAAUUAAUUGAUCGUAUAUUAACUCGUUAUCUUUUGGGAUUUCUCAGUUUUCGGUCAUGUAAUAGUAGCUUAACGCAGAUUUAGUAUUAUUAUUAUUAUGCAACAUUUACUUUAAUUUGCGUCUUACCUAGUUUAACUACUACCAUUCUUUUGACCUUU